UAUUUGUUCUGCAUGGCCCGAAAUAAUUUGCAAUCAAUACCUGGCUCACAAAUGCAAUUCAAUCCUGGUUUUUCGGUAGAUUAUUCACAGGCAUUGAACAAUUUGGUAAAAACUUCUUUGUUGUCAGGAAAACAAUCAACAGUUUCUACUCAGCCGACUCAAUUUCCUAUUCUUCCUCACAAAGAAUGGAUUUGUGCUAAGUGUGCUUGUAUCAAUGCUAAGGGAAUUUAUGCUUGCAAAAAAUGUGGUCAGUUGAUCGGCUCUAAGGCACAAUUUUCAAAAGAAUAUGCGACCAGUGAUCGACCUCCAGUUGAAGUUCUCGGAGCUGGUUCAUCGUCAUUGCCUUUUGAGCCCGUUGUUCGUACUCCUUUUGGUCUUUUACAAACAUUUGCUUCUCCUGAUCCAAAAAAUUUUAUUUAUCAUGCAACAAAAGGCUAUUUUCAUGAUUCAACUACCGGUUUCUUCUAUGACAGAAACUCUGAUUAUUAUUACAAUCCAAAGUCGAACAAGUGGAUGUUUUGGUGUAGCAAAUAUAGUACAUACAUUGAUUGUUCGGGUGGUGAUCUUGAGCUGAAGAGAAGUCUUCAAGAAGAGGAGUUUGACAUUCAACAAAAACGUUCCGAAAAAACAGAAGAUACAAUUUCUAACGCUCCUUCUGGAAGUUUGGCUGUUCAACGCCGUAGCGAAAAUAUUGCCGAUGAUUGGAUUGAUCUCAUUAAACGUGUCGGUGCAGGUGAUUUAUCAAAUUCGGCGAAGGCGGCACCUACAAGCACGGCAACUUCAAAUAUGCGAGCUGAAAAAUCAAGAGAUGAAUUUAUUGCUGAUAAGGAAGAGAAAGAACUAAAGAAAUUAAUUACUUCAAAUGCGAAAUCAAAUCUUACUGAUUGUAUUCUGCAAAAUGAAAAGCUUUUGAUCGAUUUGCACAAACUUUUGGUGCAGGAACGGGAUCCGUUAGCAAUUAAAAAAAUACAAGCCCAGAUUGAUGCUUUUAAUUCAACUACGCGUUCUCUUCAAACUCUUCUUUCAAUGCUUGCAAGUGAUGAUACUUUUGCUAGUUCUCAAUCAAAGAGUCAAAAACCAGAUUCUUCAACUUUAAUAACUCCACAAUUCAAGCGACAUAUUACAAAGUCAAUUCAAAAUGAAGACAACGGCAGUUCUCAUCGCAACACUGAGGACGAUUCUUUUUUCAGUUUAAAUUCUGCCAGAAAAUCUAGCCAAGAUGAGAAGGAACAGAGGAAGAAUGCGAGGCGUUCUGAUAAAUCAAACAAUUCAUUGCGAGAUGCAAUUUUGGAAGGGAAGCGGACAGCGUUUGAUGAACAUAUUGAACAAGUAGAAAGAUUGCGAAAUAUGCUAGGCAGUGCAAAAAGCGGGGCUAACAAUAAGAAAAAUUGGAUAGAAUCACUACCAAAUAUUUCAUUCCCUAGAGAAGUAUCUCGCAAGGAAACCAGUUUCGAAGAUCAAAUUCGUACUAUUGUUGAUCAAAAUGUAGAGAAGCAAUGGAUACUUAAUUCUAGCAAUGAUGAUGCUGUUACGAUAAAAUCCAGUCGUCGAAGCCCAAGUCCUCGAAAAAGUAGUUCUCGUAGAACCCGCAGCAGAAGUCGUCACAGGACCCAGAAGAGCCGAAGUCGAAGUAGAGAUCGUCGUCAAAGGAGUCGAAGUCGACAGCGUACAACUAAUCGAGUAUCCGAGCGAAGCCGAUCACGUUCGCGUCAUCGCGGCACCUUCUCUGAUGAGCGGUCUCGACGUAAUGGCAAUGAUGAUGAUGAUUUGGAAAUAAUUAGUUACAAACGGAAGGAUAGUGUAUCUGCACGCUCUCCUCAACCUCCUCCAGUUAUGCCAAUGACAAUUACGCCACCACCUCCUGGACUUUCAAGCAAGACUCCAGGUUCUCUUAAAGAGCUUUUUGAUCGCGCACAUUCUAUGUUAGCACAAGGAUUUGUUGGAGCAAAUUUACUCCAAAAAUCAGUUGAUCAAGGAAAUUUCUCUAGCAUGCAGAACAUUCCUUCUGGUUUAAGUAAACAGCAAGAAGGUAGUUCGUUCCCCAGCGCUUUUUCAAUGUCUGCACCUUUGAGACCGCAAGGCAAGCCUAAUUUUUGGAAAAUAAAGUUAUCUUUUUUAGUCAAUCCUAUUGCACCGCAGACUGGCUUUGGACUUAUGCCCGGUAUUUCACCGAAUUUGGGACCAAAAAAUUUUUAUACUCCAAAUUCCAACCAGUGGAAGAUGCCUUAUCAGGCCAGUAAUCCAGUUGUACCAAAUUUGCCCUUACCUAUUAUUUGUGAUUACUGCGGUCGUGAUGGACAUUCACGCGAAGUGUGCCCUUCUUUACCAUCAAAACCGAUUCAUACUCAAGAUCAAAGGGUCAUUCGAAAUGUAAUUUUUACAUUAGAAUAA